UCAUUCAUAACCAUUUUGACCAUUCGUUCAAAUCAUUCAUUCAAACGUCAUUCAUUUGUCAAACUUAAAACUUGUCAAAAUUACUAACAACACGAAACCGGACAAAUUCAAAAAUGUGAAAGUAUAAUAAUAAUUAGAAAAUGUACACUACGUACGUUUUAUGUAAAACUGUGAUAUUUAUUUAAUAAUACUACAUACCAUAAAAAAUGACAAGCAAAUUAAAUUCGGUCGAGUUGUACUUUUACUUCAGUUUAUGGAUCUUUGCUAAUGUAUUUUCUUUGUUUAAGUUAUUUCAGGUUCAGAGUGAAUUAUUUGGUGGUAAUGAAAAACCUAAAUGGCCAGAUCUAGUGGAUGGCUGGAGUUUCCUGUCCAGACACAGAGAUGUAUCAGAUCUUGAGUGGAGUUGUUGGAAAUUUUUCUUUCAGAGAUCUUGGUACUACCUGAUAUUACAAUUUCUUAUAUCUGAAACGGUCCGCACAUUUAAUAUACAGUACUUGAAAUAUUGGUAUAUCUUUUCAAGUUUUAUUUACAUGGUUGCAUAUACAAGCAUAAAACAAAUUACUCUUCUCGUUUUUCAACCUAUUAUAUACUUAGCAGUUAUUUUCUAUGGAGGCGGAAAAACCAUUCUAUGGACUCUGAGUAUUGGUUUACUAUUUUGGUUUAAUGUUAUGAAAUACAAAAACUUCUUCUGGGAUAUAUUUGAUGCCGAACAUUUUUAUGAUGAAGAGAUUUACUUGACACUAGUGUGCACUUCAUGGAUUGAGUUGAGAUGCAUCAGUUUCUGUAUUGACUACAUAGACAUGAAACAUGAGCUAAAGUUACCUAAAAUUCAAGUUGUGAUCAAUAUGCUAAGCUACAUAUUCUACUUGCCUCUAAUGCAUACUGGACCUAUAGUGUUAUAUGAGAAUUUUGAAAAAAGCUUACAUGUCAAGAGGAAUGACGUAACAAUGAGACUGAAGAGAUUCAUAUGGGACAUCAUUUUAUUUACAAUGUAUACUUUUCUAUUGGACCUAGCAUUCCAUUACAUUUAUUUUUAUGCUAUGCAGCAUGAAAUAGAGCCAUACUACAAUUGGAUGGCUAGUAAGGCAAUCACAGACAUGCCAACCAUGGCUCUAUGCGGUGGAGGCCUAUGGAUGGGUCUGGAGUUCCACAUGAAAUACGUCAUACUGUAUGGCACCACCUCGGCCUUCGCUCGUCUGGACCAUAUAGAAGCCCCGCCGAACCCGAGGUGCAUAGCCAGGGUGCAUGUGUACUCACACAUGUGGAGAUAUUUUGAUGUGGGGCUGUACAAGUUUUUGAUAAAAUACAUCUACAAACCCAGCCUCAGCAUAAUACCGAAAUAUAUAAGUUUACCAGGCACAAUCCUCAAAUUAACUGCAUCAUUCUUUACAUUUAUAUUCAUAUUUUUCUGGCAUGGCACCGUCUGGGACAUCUUUGUGUGGUCUGCCCUUAACUUUAUCGGCAUUACAUUAGAACAACUGGGAAAAUCUGCUGCCAACACCGAAACUUAUAAAUGGUUCAAGAAGGAAGUGUUACGGACUGAUGAAAUGGAGACACGAUUUUUAGCUAUGGCCUGCACUCCUCUAUUGAUAAUGUCGGCUAUAUCGAACUUUUACUUAUUUGCGGGUAGUAAGGUAGCCAACAUAUUUUUUGCAUGUUUCCUUCAACCUUCGUCGUGGAACUCUGUGAUAGUGACCUUAGCUAUGUAUAGUUGUUGUCAUGUUUCUAUAGCCCUUCAAAACGUACAUUCUAGAACAUAUGUUGAUUACGACAACGCAAAUUUGAAGCCCGAAAAAUUGAACAAUAAAGUUAGUGAAAACUCGAUUUUAAAGCAUGAAAAAUUUAGUAAAAAACUUAAGAGUGAAAAUUUGAAUGGCAAGCCCGAAAAAUUAAGCAAAAAACCUAGUAAUAAGAGCAUAUAAUUUAGUUUCACUGAGCACUUAGCAGAUUUUUUAGUCACAAUGGGCACUCCUUUUUGCACAGCAUAAGGGAGUGUACAAGUUUCUAAUGGGCUGGCAACGCGCAUGUGACACUCCUUGAGUUGCAGGCGUCCGCAGGUUACGGUGACCGCUUUCCAUCAGGCGGACCGUAUGCUCGUUUGCCACCGACGUAAUAUAAAAAAAAUGCCCAAGUACAAGUUGUAGGUGACCAAAACUGAAAGUUACAAGCGAAAGUCUCUUUCCAACUUGUCAUAUUAG